CCUCCUGCACCCCCUCUGGCCUUCCCCUUUUCCUCUUCCUCCUCCUCCUUUUAGUCCCCUUACCCUUCUGAUCACACACCACAAUAUGGACAAUGGAUAUGCUUAGCUAACAUAGAACAGAGAUCUUCCCUAGAACAAGAAGAAGCUAGAGGAGCUAGCACAAGUUGGAGUAACACUACUUUAGAUCUUCAUUGCACUAGCAGCUGUUAUACUUGAUAUAUAUUGUGUACCACCAAUGCAAGUUACCAACCACACCAUCAGACCAGCUAGCAGAACAGCUGGAAGCUUCUAACUGUUCAUCCACUCGACCCAAUUCACUGCUGUUCAGUUAAUUUGGCUUUGCUACUGAAGCUAGCUCUUCUUCUAACUGUUCCAGAGAUGUUACCCCCUCCUCACCCAAAGAUCCCUCGCUAUCAUCACCAUGAUCAUGAUCAUGAUCAUCAUUGUGUCGUCGUCUCCCACCAAGAAUUAGAACGUCCUCCAUUCCCAAACAACCCUACUUUUGCUGCUGGCCUUGAGUACAUGCCGCCGUCCGCGUCGUCGUUGGACGAGCAGUUCUUCUUCCCCGCCGAGAUGUACCAGCAGCAGCAGCAACACCAGGAGACGUUGGAGGCGGUGCUCCGGCAGCAGGUGACCGCGGCGCCCCCGGCGGCGAUUCCGGAGCCGGGGAUUAAUGGGGCCGGGAGGAAGCGGCCGUUCAGGACGGACCGGCACAGCAAGAUCCGGACGGCCCAAGGGGUGCGCGACCGGCGGAUGCGGCUGUCGGUGGGCGUGGCCCGGGACUUCUUCGCGCUGCAGGACCUGCUGGGCUUCGACAAGGCCAGCAACACCGUCGACUGGCUGCUCACCCAGUCCAAGCCCGCCAUCGACCGCCUUUCCCUCUCCGACAGUAGUACUCCCCAGCAGGGGGUUCCUGCUGUUGCUGCUGCGAUAACGGGGAAGGAGAAAGGGGAGGCAGCAGCAGCAGCCACUGCGAGCUCCUCGACGAGCACUGGCUGUUUCAGGGAUGAGAGAGCGACCGAGAGGAUGGAAAGCAUAGGAGAUGUCAGCGGCGAUGGCGGCGAGAUGGACUGGUUCGCGUCAGGGGCGCCGGCGAUGGAGCAGCCCAUGGAAGGGUUGGACUACUACUACCAGUACUACCAGCUGGAGGAGAUGAUGAGAGCUGCCACAACAGAGGAUCAGUACUGAUGAUUAAGGUGAUUUCUUGUAUAUGCAAACAAUAUGUUCCAGUCCAAACGGUGAAGGCUUUGUUAUAUAUAUGGCUCUUAAUUUGAUUAAUUAGGCCUUCCUCUCCGUCAUGAUCCUAUGCAUGCUAUGUCUAGGUAUAUACAUUAUUAUGGUUCUAGUUAUUACAGGACUUGUGUAAAGUAUGUGUGAUAUAUAUAUCAACCCAGCGCGCCGAGACUAAAUUUUCGAGUAAAUCUUUAUGGUAUGAAUAUGAUCGAUCCUGU